GAAAAAGAGGAAGCCACUACAUCUACACACUAUCUCCCUUUAGUUACCUGGCAGCACCAAAGCCAAAACUACAGUGAACUUACAUACACACAGAAGACACAGUUCAAGAUGGAGGCAGCCAUAUCGGCCAUCACAGGUGAUCUAAUAAGCCGAGUCCUUUCCUAUCUGAUCAGGAAAUGCACAGACAAGCCUGCCAUAGAUGAGAGUCUGGAAAGAUUGCAGCAACUCUUACUGAGGAUCCAUGCGGUUGUCGAGGAGGCAGAUGGGCGAUACAUCACAAAUUCUAGGAUGCUAAUUCAACUCAAGUUGCUUGUGGAGAGCAUGUAUCAAGGAUACCAUAUGCUGGACAUUUUCAGGUACAAAUCUCUUGUGGAGAGUUUUAUACAUGACGAUAGUAAAACCUCUUCAAUUCCUUCGAAGCGUUCUCGUACAAUUUCUAGUACCAUGAGAAGCUUUGCUGGAAGUAAUAAUGUAUGGAGUGUACUAAAAAGUUUAGAAGGUACUAUUGCUAACAUGACUGAGUUUGUUGUACUUUUAGGGGGAUGUGAACGCAUAUGCCACAGACCCUAUGACACUUACCUUUACAUCGACCACUUUAUGUUCGGACGCCAUGUUGAGAAGCAACAGAUCAUGAAUACCUUGUUGAAUGAUCCUGGAUAUCAUGGUGCUCCUACGGUGCUUCCAGUCAUUGGGGGUUGCAGGGUUGGUAAGAAAACAUUGGUUAGCCAUGUGUCCAAGAAUGAUCGUAUCCAAUCCCACUUCUCUUCCAUUCUGUUCAUUAAUGGAGACAGCAUAUGGAGAAUGGAGAAUGCAAAGCUCAGUAAUGAGAGGACUUUGGCUGUUGUUGAAUUUGUUACGGAUGUGGAUGAUGACAAUUGGGUAAAGUUCUAUUCAACUAUAGCACACAUGACAGCUGAAGGAAGCAAAGUGAUAAUCAUAAGUAGGAUUCGGAAUCUUGCAAGGUUUGGAACCGUAAAGACGAUUUUUCUAAAUAGUUUCUCCCAUGAGGAGUAUAGGUACCUCUUCAAGAAGUUAGCAUUUGGAAGCACAGAUGAGAAAGAUCAUCCGCAUUUAGUAUCAAUAGCAAAUGAACUAGCAAUAGUACUAAGAGGGUCACUAGUCACUGCAAAUGUUAUUGCUGAUUUGUUGCGAAGGAACAUCGAUAUUCAGUUCUGGCUCCGCAUAUUUCGCCGUUUCAAGGGGAUGGUGGAUUAUAACUUAUCAAAGUAUAGUGAUCAUCCGAAAGAUAUCCUUGACAAUGAACGCCCAAUAGACAUCACCACCUUGUUUUCUUCUCAUCCUGUUUCUCGUUGUUUGAUGCCCCCUCGAGUUGAAAGGGAUGAUUGCCCUAAAAGGAAGCUAGCUCAUGUCUACUUUGGAGACCUGAUGAAAGGAGGUAUUGCUAUACCUAACGAUGAGUUUGUGGUAGUUGGGUGGGAAUCACGGUUGCCUCCAUAUACUAGGUUUGUCAAUGAUGUUGAAUGUGCUGUUGAGAAACAUGGAUCUACAACCUCUGGAAGGAAGCGUCGAUAUAUCCAGCAUUUGAUUUCUUCAGGAAAUUAACUUUUCAUUGCUUUUCCUCGUUCCUUAUAGGUUUAUGUACGUUUGUCUUUUCUUUGAGAAGCAUGUAAAUACUAGUUGAACUUUUAAUGUUUAUAAUCAUACAUUUGUAUGCCCUGUGCUUUCAUAGUCCUAUAAAUAUAUUGCUGAUUUAUGAACAAA